UGUAUGUAUACACAGUUGCGUUCGAGCGAUAUCAGAUGACGUUCGUCGUACACAGUCGUAAAACGGUGCUCGAUUGACGAUCCAGCAAGAUAUUAAUUUGUUAAAAAAAUUGAGAAAUUAUACGCGAGUGACAGGUGACAGCUCUUUAAAACUCGCGUUCUCUCUCUCUCUCUCUCUCUCUCGCGAGAACGAAGGGAGAACGAAGAAAAAGAAGAAGAAGGAGAGUCUCGAUUGAACAUCGGCGGCGACGACGGGGACGACGGGGACGGGAAUUAUUAUUAAUCAUUAUCGCUUGUUAUACAAGAACAGCUGAUUUCGGGCUGGCUCCUGGCGAGGAUGGCAGAAGCCGCCGUCAAUCUCAUCAUCAAGGCGCCGAACCAGCAGAUCAAGGACCAGGUCGUUAGAUGCGAUCUCGGCUGGACCAUCGGCCACCUCAAGGAGUACCUGGCCGAGGUCUACCCCAGCAAGCCAGAAAGCUCGCACCAGAAAUUAAUCUACUCUGGUCAGUUGCUGAAGGACUCUGCGCAAUUGAAAGAUGUCCUGAGACAGCGAGAUGGUUCAGAAGAUCAGGCAUAUACCGUUCAUCUAGUCUGUACACCCCAGAAACCAUUUGUCACCAAAACUACAUCGGAUAAGAGUCAGACAAACGAGAAGAACUCAGAUGCGACGUCCUCGAUGAGAAACAGCCAUAUCAGAAGUAACAAUGUUCAAACUCCAAGUCAUGAGAAUAAUGCUAAUGUUACUGCGCCACAGCCUGAACAAAUGUAUCUGCCUCAGCAGUACUUUGAUCCUCGAAAUAGUCAGCAAUUGGCCUGGAUGCAACAAGCAUACACCCAUUAUUUCACCCAAUACAUGCAACUCAUGGCAGCACAAGGCAUACAGUUGCAAGCCAGUAUUCCAUACCUGCAACAGAUGAAUAUUAACACCAACGAUAAUACGCCUCAACAUACGUACACCAGCAACAAUAACAACAACAACAACAACAACGUUGCUGAGGAACCGGCUGCCCAACCAGCAGCGCAAGACGCGGCGGAUAUUAAUGCAGGAAAUAACGCCGCUGAGGACGCUGCGUUUAAUCGUGACUGGCUAGACUUCUUCUACACAUUGUCUAGAAUUGUCGUUCUGUUCGGAAUAGUGUAUUUCUACUCGUCUCCUCUCAGAUUUCUUAUCGUCACGUUCUUGGGAUUUGCAAUAUAUCUAUAUCAGGGUGGUUUCUUCAGGGUACAACCGAUAUUGCUACGUGAGAACAACAACGGCCGGGUAGAUAACAACAAUCAAGUGUUGCAAAACGAAGCGAUGGGCCCGCAAGCUGUGCCACAACAACAACAAAAUCUUCAAGUGCCAACACCGCAACCGGAAGCACGAACGAACGCCAACGAGGAGAACGAGGAACAACGACCAGGCGCACUCGCCUUCACUUGGACCUUCUUCAGUUCGUUUUUCGCCUCGCUUAUCCCGGAUCAGCCGAAUGUCAUUUAAUCUCAAACAAGUCGUUUUGUUAUAAAACCAAGUUUCUUCUCUCUUUCUCUCUCUCUCUCUCUCUCUCUCUCUCUCUCUCUCUC